AAAUAUAUUCAAACAGUAAUAAAUUAAUAAAGUACUCCUUUACAAAGAGAGGAAGGGUGAAUAUAUCCCUCCUCUCUUUCUAGCAUUAGCACUAAUUUUAUCUCUUGCUCUCUCUCUGGUCUCUCUCCGACCAUCUCGUAUAUACGUACUUGGUAAAUUUAAUAAUUUUUACGAGUUUUUGAUUUCUUUCGAUAAGAGGUCGGAGAGAGAUACAUAUAUUUAUAUAUAGGUUUUUCUAUUUAUUUUCAUGGCACUGGGGAAAGUAGUUGUGUCAGCACUAUCUAUUGUAUUGGUAGUGGGAGUUGCCCUAGCUGUAGUCGCCAUAGUAAACGUUCAAAAUCAAAAAAAGGAGGAAGUUGGUGAUGGCAAUAGCAUCUCCUCGCAAACAAAGACAUUGGAAUUGAUUUGCUCUGCUACCAACUACAAGAACUCUUGCGUGGAUAGCCUUAAGCCUGUCGCCACUAAUUCCAGCGCUGAGUUCAAGGAUUAUCUCAAGGCUGCCAUGUUAGCCACCAUGGACCAAGUUAGCAAGUCCUUGAACUUGACUAGUUCUUUGUUGGUCGAGGCCAACAGCACCAACAAUCCAAAAUUGAAGAUGUCCCUUGAGGACUGUAACGAUUUGUUGAGCUUCGCUGUUGAUCAACUUCAAGCCUCAUUCUCCAUGGUUGGUGAAAGUGCAACACAUACCCUCAAAGAACGCUCAGCCGAGCUUAAGAGUUGGUUGAGCUCUGUCAUCACCUAUGCUGAGACAUGCAUCGAUGGAGUACCAGAGCCCAAAGUUCAAAAUCACAUGAAAGACACUUUACGAAAUGCAUCUGCUCUCACCGACAACGCCUUAGCCAUUGUUUCUGGGCUGUCUGAUAUUCUUGAUGCCUUUGGCUUGAAAAUCGAUGCGAAACCCCUUAACAGUCGUCGUCUUUUGUCCAAUAAUGAUGGUUUUCCAACCUGGGUUUCUGCUUCAGAUAGGAAGCUUUUACAAGCAAGCACCGAGAAAAUCGUACCUCAAGCUGUUGUGGCAAAGGAUGGUAGCGGUCAAUUUAAGACAAUAGCUGCUGCUUUGGCUGCCUACCCUAAAUCUGGUCUCACAGGAAAAUAUAUCAUUCACGUCAAGGCUGGAGUGUAUGACGAGUACAUCACAGUGGAUAAGAGCAUGCCUAACGUGUUCAUGUAUGGAGAUGGUCCAAAAGCCACCGUUGUCACUGGGAGCAAAAGUUUUGCCAAAGGGUCAACUACCUUACGAUCAGCCUCCUUUGCUGUGGAAGCAUCAGGAUUCAUUUGUAAGGACAUGGGAUUUGAGAACACGGCAGGACCAGAGGGACACCAAGCAGUGGCACUUAGAGUAAUGGGAGAGAUGGCAUUGUUCCAUAACUGCCAAAUGGAUGGCUACCAAGACACAUUGUAUGUGCUCUCUGGUCGCCAAUUCUACAGCCAAUGUGUCAUUUCAGGAACAGUUGAUUUCAUUUUUGGAGAUAGCCCUUGUGUUAUCCAAAACUCGCAACUCAUAUUGAGACGACCCUUGGAUGGUCAAGCUAAUGCUGUCACAGCUCAAGGGAGGAAAGAGCAACAUCAACCUUCUGGCAUCGUGCUCCACAACUGUAGUAUUGUUCCAGAGGAGAAGUUGAUUCCUGAUAAGUUAACCAUAAAAUCCUACUUGGGCAGGCCAUGGAGAGAGUUUUCGAGGACUGUGGUUAUUGAGAGCACCAUUAGUGACGCUAUUGCUCCUGCUGGAUGGUCAGCUUGGGAAGGGACAUUUGGGCUAGACACAUUAUACUACGCUGAAUACGGGAAUACUGGACCAGGUGCCAAGACAGACCAAAGAGUUAAAUGGAAGGGCUUCCAUGUGAUAACUAAGAAUGAAGCUGCGCAAUUCACACCUGGCCCAUUUUUAGAUGCAGAUAAGUGGAUCAAGAGCACUGGAGUCCCUUUCCAGGCUGCCUUGAUUCACUAAUUCAUUGCUUCAUUUUGGUUGAGAUUUUUUUUUAUUAUUAAUUUUUUUAUAUGUAUAGAGUAGAGAGAGACAUUAAUAUUUAUCUGAUUUAUUUUUUUAUAAAUUUUAUGGGAAAAUAAAAAUUGAGAUGAGAUAACUAUUCCAUUGUAUAAAUUACAAUGUAUACACGUGGGGCUAAAAAAUCUUGAUUUGGUUCA